AUGAAACUUCUUUUUUGCCCUGGAUUCUUCCUGCUGCUUAUUGUCAGCCAGAAGCAGGCAAUGGCCAAACCAAUUUCCAGCUUGCAGAGUCUGUCCAUGCUGUUAGAUGAGGAGCUGGAGCAUCCCCUGGUCUCAGAAGAGAGGGAUCGUGAGCAAGAUGGCUCAAUCCCAAUAGGUGCCUUUGAGCAGGAAGAUGCUGAGUUCCAGUGGACCCGAAAUACCAGAGACCAGCCUGCAAGCACUUCCACUGCUGACAGUGCUGUCCAGAGGCUCCUCAGUGACCUCUUAGGUUUACCUCAGAGAUACCAAAAGAGAAGCAAAAAGGGUCUGUCCAGGAGCUGUUUUGGGGUCAAAUUGGACAGAAUUGGGUCGAUGAGCGGACUGGGGUGCUGA